AAUAUGUUUGUAGUGAGAGUAAAUUCAAAGAAACAGAGUUAAUAGUCCAAAAACAACAAACAGAAGCUGAAGAAUCAGGCUUUCUCUCUCCUCCUUCUGCUUCUCUCUCUUCUCACCAUGGCCUUGCAUUGCAUGGGGUUGAAGCUAAACCAUGCAAGCCUAAUGGCAAGAUUAAGGGCAAGGGACUGCAUAAUUAACUACGAUGAUUGCUGUCAUUAAAACUAAAGUAGUAAUCAAAUCUUUAUAAAAGAUUCUCACACAAAAUGUUGAGAGAUUUGGAAUUUUAGCAGACUGGGCCAAUGUAUCAGUCUUGGCAUGGAAAGAUCAACUGAAACGGCAAAUUCAAGCAAUUUCAUAUGGAUAUAUUACUCUCUCUCUCAUCAUGUUUCAGACAUGAUUUGGUUUCAAUCAAAGGCCUUGAUCACUUUCUUGGCAUUUUUAAGGCUGGAAACUUUAUAUAAACAUAUAAUUGCAUCCCAUUUCUGCAACCAACAUUCAUUCUUCCAAUACUAAUCUUAAAGAACCCGAGCUUUGAGAUGAAUUACUUCGGAAAAGGAGCCGUUCUCGUCUUGAUGCUCAUCCUCGCUGCUCAGGCGUUGGAGGGCCGUCUCCAGUCUUGCAACCCGAGUGGCAAAAUCAGAGGAAAGAAGCCACCUCCGGGGCAAUGCAACCAGGAAAACGACUCUGAUUGCUGUAAACAGGGGAAGCUCUACGCUACUUACAAAUGCUCACCCCCCGUCUCUGGCAGCACGAAGGCAGUUCUCACCAUCAACAGCUUCCAGAAGGGUGGAGACGGAGGCGGCCCAUCAGAGUGUGACAAUCAGUACCACUCUGAUGACACUCCAGUCGUCGCUCUAUCAACUGGCUGGUACAGCGGAGGGAGCAGAUGCCUCAACAACGUGACUAUAAGUGGCAAUGGCCGGAGUGUGACAGCCAUGGUGGUGGAUGAGUGUGAUUCCACCAUGGGAUGUGAUGAGGUUCACGACUAUCAGCCACCGUGUCCUAACAACAUUGUUGACGCCUCAAAGGCUGUCUGGAAAGCCCUGGGGGUUCCUGAAGGCGACUGGGGCGGCUUGGAUAUCACUUGGUCUGAUGGCCGACUUCAAUCCUGCAACCCGAGUGGAAAAAUCAGAGGAAAGAAGCCACCUCCGGGGCAAUGCAACCAGCAAAAUGACUCCGAUUGCUGUAAACAAGGGAAGCUCUACACCACUUACAAAUGCUCUCCCCCCAUUUCUGGAAGCACGAAAGCAGUUCUCACCAUCAACAGCUUCCAGAAGGGUGGAGAUGGAGGCGGCCCAUCAGAAUGUGACAAUCAGUACCACUCUGAUGACACACCAGUUGUCGCGCUAUCCACUGGUUGGUACAGCGGAGGGAGCAGAUGCCUCAACAACGUAACUAUAAGUGGCAAUGGCCGGAGUGUGACAGCAAUGGUGGUGGAUGAGUGUGAUUCCACCAUGGGAUGUGAUGAGGAUCACGAUUAUCAGCCACCGUGUCCUAACAACAUUGUUGAUGCCUCAAAGGCUGUCUGGAAGGCCUUGGGGGUUCCUGAAGGCGACUGGGGAGAGUUGGAUAUUACUUGGUCUGAUGCUUGAUGCUUAAUGCUUGU